CUCCCAACUUCGCUCACCUUCUAUUGCGAUCCUGGCAACCAGCUUACAAACUCCACAUCGCCGCUCAGCAACUUAGAUUCAGCAUCGCAUUUAUUUUAACAGAACAGCACUUGAAACAUCCUCAAUAUGAGCUCCUGGGAUGAUGUUACCGUGAUUCGCAAGCGCCCUGAGACCAGCAAAGCUCUCAAGUCAGAAUCGGCUGUGAACGCUGCACGACGAGGUGGUGGAUCCGUCACAUCAGAGAAGAAAUCCACAACCAAUGCACAGCGUGCGGGGAUUGAUGCAGGAAAAGCUGCAAAGAUUGACAAUGAGACGGAGGAUUUCACGGUUGAACGAUUGGGCUUGUCCGUAGCGAAGGCAAUUCAACAGGCGCGACAGGCAAAGGGAUUGACGCAGAAGGACUUGGCUACCAAAAUCAACGAAAAGGCAACCGUGGUGAACGAAUACGAAACGGGGAAAGCAGCAAAUCCAAACCAGCAAGUCUUGGCGAAGAUGGAGCGGGUUCUGGGCGUGAAGUUGCGCGGCAAAGACAUUGGUGCACCACUGUCUAGUAUUAAAAAGAAGUAGAUCAAUAGGUAGUCGGGACUUCAAGAACAGUACUGAGGAUUGACGUCGGAGGGUUGCGAUCCACUGCAAGUGGCUCGCGUGGGCAAUCCUAUCUCUCCGGACCCUCCUUGGUGUGACUGUUGACCUUGGCUCCAUCCAUCAGAAUAGAAAUCUGGCCCCAAGCUCAUCUUCCCCGAUGAGUUAGAGGGCUUCACGUCCCCCGCAUGCUCAGACGUACAACUGGAAUUUUGAUGAUGAUAUGAUGAAUUAUAUCCGUAUUGUUUAC